AUGAGCUCGUCAAAGGGCCACACCAGGUCUGGUUCAAACAACGUUGAUCCCUAUUCAAACCCAGAUGUCUACUAUGGCAAUGAAGAUACUCUACGGAAGGUCAGAGCGGGAAGACGUGCAUUCUCAGUGAGUUUGACAGAUGUUAGCCGUGAAGACAUCAAUGGCUUUGUUGGAACCUUGCCUUCUCGACGCGGCAGUCACGAUGAGGCAUCGGGACAACCCCGAAAGUUCCUUAUCGAAGUGGACGAGACGCUCAAUGCUCUUCUGAAGCAGGAAGAUACAGAUCAGAAUAUGCAGAUCACCAUCGAGGAUAUGGGUCCUAAGGUGCUCUCGGUCGGAACUGCGGCAUCGUCGGGACAUAACCGAGUUGAUGUGCGGGGCACAUAUAUGCUCUCCAACCUCCUUCAAGAGCUUACGAUCGCAAAAGACUACGGUCGCAAGCACGUCAUUCUUGAUGAAGCACGGUUGAGCGAGAACCCAGUAUCGCGUCUCUCCCGAUUGAUUAAGAAUUCAUUCUGGAAGGCCCUCACAAGACGUAUCGAUGGCUCCAACAUUGAAAUCGCGGGCCGUGACCCCAAGGACUGGACUUCGGAUCCUCGACCGCGAAUUUACAUCCCUCCCGGUGCCCAGACACAAUUUGAAUACUACGAAAAGAUUGCGAAGGACCACCCUGAGCUGCGUCUGGAUGUGCAGAUGCUGCCCGCGGAGAUCACGCCUGAUUAUGUGAUGUCACUAAACGACAAGCCCGGUCUCCUUGCAUUGGCUAUGCAGAAGAAGUUGAAUGAAGCAACCAAUGAGACCGAAUUGGUCGGCGUGCCCUUCGUGGUGCCGGGCGGUCGUUUCAAUGAGCUGUACGGUUGGGAUAGCUACAUGGAGUCGUUGGGCCUGCUUGUCAGUGAUCGCGUCGAUCUUGCCAAGGGCAUGGUUGUCAACUUCUGCUUCGAGAUCAAGCACUAUGGCAAGAUCCUCAACGCCAAUCGAUCUUACUACCUCACCCGCUCGCAGCCGCCCUUCCUAACCGACAUGGCAUUGCGUGUCUACGAAAGAAUCAAGACCGAGCCCGAUUCGAAAGAGUUCCUCCGCAAUGCUGUCCUCGCUGCCAUCAAGGAGUACAACAGCGUUUGGGUCACCGCACCCCGUCUUGAUCCAGAGACUGGUCUGUCGAGGUAUCGCCCCGAAGGCUGGGGUGUACCUCCAGAGACCGAGCCUUCUCACUUCGUGCACAUUCUCACUCCAUAUGCCGAGAAGCAUGGAAUGAGCUUCAAGGAGUUUGUCGCAGCAUACAACUCCCGCGAGAUCGUUGAGCCCAAACUCGACGAAUACUUCAUGCACGACCGUGCCGUCCGUGAGUCUGGUCACGAUACUAGUUACCGUCUUGAGGGAGUGUGCGGAAAUCUCGCCACCGUCGACCUCAACUCCCUGCUCUACAAAUACGAAGUUGACAUUGCACGGAUCAUCCGCGUUCACUUCAACGAUAAGCUCCCGAUUCCGGAUGAGUUCCGUACACCCCUCACAAAGGAUAUCGAGACCGAGUCCUCGGCAGUCUGGGACCGUCGCGCGCGCAAGCGCAAGCAGCGCAUGGACCAGCUCCUCUGGAACGCAGAGAAGGGUAUGUACUUUGAUUACGAUACGGUCAAGAAGGAGCGCACAGACUACGAAACUGCCACGACCUUCUGGGCGAUGUGGGCAGGUCUCGCUUCUCCCGCUCAGGCUGCUGUCAUGGUUGAAAAGGCCCUGCCCCGGUUCGAGGCAUUUGGCGGUCUGGUUUCGGGUACCGAACAGUCGCGCGGCGCAGUUGGCUUAGAGCGUCCUAACCGACAAUGGGAUUACCCAUACGGCUGGGCGCCGCAACAGAUGCUUGCCUGGACGGGCUUCUUGCGCUACGGCUACCAGGAGGAGGCGGAGCGACUUGCGUACAAGUGGGUUUACAUGAUUACCAAGGCCUUUGUUGACUUCAAUGGUGUUGUCGUGGAGAAAUAUGAUGUCACCCGACCUAUCGAUCCACACCGGGUCGAUGCCGAGUAUGGCAAUCAGGGCACGGACUUCAAGGGUGCUCCGCGUGAAGGAUUCGGUUGGGUCAACGCCAGUUAUGUUUACGGACUCGAGAUCCUCAAUGCCCACAUGAGGCGCUCUUUGGGAACUAUCACUCCUUACGAGACGUACCACAAGGCGGUUGUGGCUCAGGAUGUAUUUUGA